AUGACUGCCAAAUUUAGCCCCGAACGUUACGCGCAUCUGAAUGAUACAAGUAAGACCAUGAACAAGGAAGCUUUGAGAAUGACAACAUUUCUUAAACCAUCGAGCGAGUGUGAACAAAUGCUAGACAUCGGAUGUGGAACGGGUGAAUUCACGAGGAACGUGCUGCUUUCAUGGAUUAAGCCAUGCCACAAGAUGGUAGCUGUGGACGCAUUGCCGGGCAUGAUUGAAUACGCCAAGGCGAAUUAUCCGCAUCCAAAUAUAAGCUAUGCGGUCCUUGAUGCAGGUUCAAAGGACAUCUCAAAUUUUUUGAAAAAACAGGGCAAGUUCGAUCGUGUUUACUGCUUCUACUGCUUGCACUGGAUCAAGGAUCAGGAGGUGGCGCUCGCAAACGUGGGCAAGUUUUUGAAAGACGACGGGGAGUGCCUCUUUUUGUUCGUUUCUCAGUUUGUUUUUUACGACCUGUGGCAAGAGAUGGCAUCAAUGGAGCGGUGGAGGGACAUCAUUGGGGAUCCUUUGGAAAUCUUUCCGAAAUCCUGGAAUCGUGAUCCCAAACCGAGUCUGAAGGAUGUGGAAACGUCUGUGAAAGAAAUGGUCGCCGACGCUGGAAUGGACACCAUAAGUUGCACUGUUUACCCCGCGACUCCAUGCGUCUUCAAGAACGCCCAAGGAGUACUAGACCUGCUGCUUCCAUCUGUCACCACGAAGGACACUGCUACGGAGGAGGAGAGGAAAAGCAUGCUUAAGGAAAUGGAGACCAGGCUGAUCAACGCCUGCACUAAGACACCCGACACCUGCUUCUUCCCUAUAGACAUUUUCAUUCUUCACGCUCACAACAAAACUAAAGUGUGA